AAAUGUUUAAUAUCCAGUUUUUCCACAGAAUAUUGUAUGAUGUGUAUCAAAUAAUCAGCAAUACUAUGAUAAUAUUAGUGCUGAUUUUUUUAUGACAAUAUUUUGUCGUACAAAAGUACAAACAUGAUUUUUGGAGGUUAAAUUACAUAGUCUUCACAUGUGUAAUUUUACAAUACCUAAGUUUUAGAACGUUCUUUUUUUUUCUCUCGUGAUUCCCGAGAAAUUCCAGCACAUUCUUCGUGUCAUGAACACGAACAUCGAUGGUAACAGAAAAGUCAUGUUUGCCAUGACUGCAAUUAAAGGUGUUGGUCGACGUUAUGCCAAUAUUGUUUUAAAGAAAGCUGAUAUUGACUUAGACAAAAGAGCUGGAGAGUGUUCAGAAGAAGAAGUAGAAAAAAUUGUCACCAUUAUGGCUAAUCCUAGGCAAUACAAAAUCCCAGACUGGUUUCUUAACAGACAGAAAGAUAUUAUUGAUGGAAAGUAUUCCCAGCUCACUAGUGCCAACUUGGAUUCGAAACUGCGUGAAGACUUGGAAAGAAUGAAAAAGAUCCGAGCGCACAGAGGGUUGCGACACUACUGGGGUCUCCGUGUACGUGGGCAGCAUACUAAGACCACAGGUCGCCGUGGACGCACGGUCGGUGUAUCGAAGAAGAAAUAAUUUUAUGUAUUCCAUAUGUAUUGUCGAUUAUUAAUAAACUGUUAAACUAAU